AUGGCUGCCAGAGGCCCAGCAGGCUCCCGCGUUGGGAACUCUCGAUUUGCGCAGUUCAAGCUAGUAUUAUUAGGAGAAUCUGCCGUGGGAAAGAGUUCCAUCGUCUUGCGCUUCGUCAAGGACCAGUUCGAUUCUUACAGAGAGAGCACGAUUGGUGCCGCUUUCUUAACACAAACAAUAUCACUCGACGAGAACACCACCGUCAAGUUCGAGAUAUGGGAUACCGCCGGGCAGGAGAGAUACAAAUCCUUGGCACCUAUGUACUACCGGAAUGCCAACUGUGCUGUGGUGGUUUAUGAUAUUACACAAGCGUCAUCACUGGAUAAGGCAAAGCAAUGGGUAAAAGAGCUGCAACGGCAGGCAAACGAGAACAUUAUCAUCGCUUUGGCAGGAAACAAGUUGGAUUUGGUCACUGAGCAACCUGAUAAGCGGGCAAUUCAGACCGCCGACGCCGAAGCAUAUGCUAGGGAAGCAGGGCUGCUUUUCUUCGAAACAUCAGCCAAGACAGCCGAGAACGUCCGAGAACUAUUUACAUCGAUUGCGAAGAAGCUACCCUUAGACCAGGCGGGACCGAGGAACCCAAGAUCCGGUGGACGAGGAGGUGUUGAGCUACGACCUGAUACUCCAGGAACCCAGGCGGGAGGUCCUUGCAGCUGUUAG